AUGAUUUGGGCAUAUCCGGAGCCAACAGAGACUACGAAUGACAAGAUAGCCGGAGCAAUAGACAAGUUGUUUAGACAUUUUAUAGUGCCUCAAGACGAGUUACAGGUCCUUCAGGAGGAACAGGGGAUUAUGCCGACGAGUUUGCCUGGAACCGACUUGUACGGAAUCGUUAUAUCAACUUCGAAGUACAUACAAAAUUACAGGCAUGAAAUGAACGCACUCGCUAUAUACCGACUAAUGAAAUGGUUCGGUAUGUCAGACGACCAUCUUUAUCUCAUGAUUGGAGAGUGUAGUAGUUGCGAUCCAAGAAACUCUUUACACGGACAGGCUUAUAUAAGUCCGUCACAUCAUGUGGAUUUGAACAAGGGAGUGUUACGAAUCGCGUUCAAGAAUAGUCUGGCAUCGAGUAAGGCCUGGACUACUUUGUUGUCAGGCCGGUUUUUGACUCCAUAUUACUCUCUCAAGUCUCGAUUUCUUGCAACCCCGACUGGCCGGUCCCGAGCUACCACCCAACCACUUAUUAUUUCCGGAGAAGCGGCCGUGAACAAUUCUACAACCGACCCCCCUCGACCCAGCCCCCCUCGACCUGUCCCGGGGGCUGAUCUGUUAAUAUAUUUGAAUGGUCAUGGCGGUUCAGGUUUCACGAAGUUCCGAGAUUUCGAUGAGCUUUCCACCAUGGAAAUCGACCGCACUCUCUACGAACUGAAACUGAAGGGAGGCUUCAAUAGAGUCCUAUUGUUGGUUGACUCUUGUCAAGCAUAUACUCUCGGCGAGAAGCUCCACACUCCCGACGUCCUUAUUAUCGCCAGUUCCGUCAAAGGGAAGAACGCUUACUCCUGCAAUGACGACUACACACUAGCCGUCUCCCUCAGCGACCGCUUCACCUACCUCACCUUCAUCGACCUCACCUUCAACCGCAAAUUCAGGGCACCACUACACUCCUGGCACAAGUCUCUUGACCGAGUUUCCUUGGCCACCCAAUUCCUCUUGGCCACCCAAUUCCUCUUAACCACCCAAUUCCUCUUGGCCACCCAAUUCCUCUUAACCACCCAAGUUCUCUUGGUCGUCGUCGUCUUCUUGGUCACAGGUUUCCUUGCAGCCUUUUUAAUCUCGGAGCCAAAGAUUCAUCCGCACGUCAACAACUCGGAGACACUAAUAGAUUGGCUGGCCCCGCCGCGGUUCCGGCACGUGUUGACUAAGACUCUGCCCCGUGAAGACUUGUUGGGGAGCCCGGUAGUCGUUACGGACCAAAUCUUUUAG